GCGACAAGUUUAGCAUGGAUACUGAUAACAGCAAAAGAAGAAAAAGUUAAGCUGUACUUUGUAGUUGUGCUCCAAAAAGAGAUGCAAGUAUAUAGUUUCAAUACAUAUUUGUUCAACAAUAUUGCAAUUUAUAAAUAACAAAAAUGAAUGUCAAGGAGAAAAGUUUUAUCAUUUAAAAACUUGUUUCCAAAAACAUACAACAUACGAAAAACAAUAAAAACUAAAUAAAUAUCAAGAACUAAUAACUGAAUACUUUCAAUACAAUAAAUAUUUAUUAAACUAUUUUAGAGAAAUUGGUAUAUGUGUAAAAUUUUCUUUGACUAAAAAAUAUGCAAAUAAGAUAAAUAUUGUUACGAAAAAUAAAUUGAAGUGUGCUGAGAUUCCGUUUGUAUUUCCGACGCGAAAUUGUGGUUGGAAAUUUUGUAUUCGCGACGGGCGAUGGCCAAUUGAACAUACUUUAAAAAAAUACAGUACAAAUAACCGUUGCCAUGAAGAAAGUCGUUCUGUUCAAAUGUGAAUCUGAAGAUUACCAAAAAGCAUUUAAUGACAAUAACUACGAGACUGUGUUCGUGGAGCCACUGCAGUUUGUUUUUAUAAACACUGACCAGUUAACUGCCAAGCUGCUACAGAAGGAUUAUGAUGGACUCAUAUUGACCAGUCCUAGAGCCAUAGAAGCUCUGUCUAAGACCUGGGACCCACAAAAGUUCGUAAUAUGGAACACUAAGAGAGUGUACACUGUUGGAGAAGCUAGCUGUCACAAAAUCAAAUUAUUAUUAGGUCUAGAAGCCUUGGGUGCUACAUCAGGUAAUGCAGAAAAUUUAUCUAAAAUAAUACUAAAAGAUAAUUCUGAAAACUCAUCUUUUUUAUUUCCUUGCGGCAACUUAAGAUCAGAGACAAUACCCAGCACACUGCAAGCAAGUGACAUCACUGUAGAUGCAGUAACAGUAUAUGAGACUAAGGAAAAUGAAAAUCUAAAGAUGGAUUUAAUGAAACUAAACAACUCGGAAGGCCCAUGUUGUAUGGUGUUUUUCAGCCCAUCAGGGUGUGAGUACAUACACCGGCAGCUGCAGACCUUCAGCAACGAACUUAAACACCUUCCACAUUUUGCUAUUGGUAACUCUACCGCACAUAAAAUUGAGAAUCUCGGCAUGGAGAUAGCAGGUGUUGCCUCUAAGCCCAAAGCAGAUAGUCUUGUUGAGUCUGUACAGAAAUACUUUAGUGAUGUAGAAGGCAGCUAGAAGAUCUGAGGAAUGUUGAGGGUUGAAUUACAAGUGUCACAUUAGUUCUCUGAGAUGAGUGACUUCAAUUCUGAACAUAUGACAAUGUGCAUGGAAGAAUAAGUUAUGUAUUUGGUGUUGGAUAUUAAAAAUAUUUAUUUAAUUCAUGUUUAUUAUAGUAAAGGUUUUUAUAAAGUAUGUUAUUA